AUGGCCACAAGAAGACAACUGCUGAGAGAUGAAAGAAAGCCAGAUCUCCAAGAGAGGCUGAGAGCGGUGGGACUGGCUGCUGAGUACUGGUUACCAAAGCUAAAGGAGCAUGUGGGUGUGACCUGUGCCCAGGCAUUAAAACACCUUGAUGAAGAGGACCUCCAGAAGCUGAAAUCCCAGGCACAACAUCCAUGGGAGGAAAAGGCCCUGGAGAAGCUGCUGCGCCUGUCACAGUCAGGUCUUUCAGGGUCAAAGCAGACUCCUAUGGAACUGAUGAGCCAAAAGCUGAUGCAAGCAAAAUGCCUCCUGCAGAAGCUUAAGAACUUGUUGUCAGAAGGAAGGAAGCGACAAGAAGAGGCAGUGCAGAGAAAGGAAGAGGAGCUGAGGCAAGCAAUGGAGAUACCUGAGGAAUACUGGCCACCUCCUGAAAAGCCCCUUUGGGAGGUCCUGGAAAACAUGCUGACACAACUCAGGCUCACAGAGGGUACCCUGACCCCUAGGCAAAACCUCAAAGAUACAGAUCUGGUGAGAUGGGCAUCUGGAGGGCUGGCCCUGCAGGGCAUUUACAAAACCAGCCAACAAAGUGACCUCCUGAAAAGGAGAGAGGAGUUACUCACUGUGCCCAAGGAACUUCCACUACUUGGACCUGAGCAAGGUACAUGGAUAAAAACAGUUGAAUUUAUCUCUCAUCAAACAGAGUCCAUAUUCACUCAGAGUAUAGAAAAGUUGGGAUUCAGUUUAACUGCAUCAGCUAAUGUCGGAGGCUGGGAGUUUAGUCUAGAGGCUGGUGUGGGUCAUAGCAAACUCAGAGAAUGCAAGGAAACCAAACAGUCACAUUUUGAGGACUCUUACUUUUGUUCAACCAAGUUCAGCUAUGUUCCCCUGGCCUCCUGCCUCUUCUCCAUGGAUCAACUCCAGUUAUCCAAGGCUGCUCUGCAGGAAUUGAAGUGUAUUGAAGAACUCCUGGAUCAGACCUCAGGCUCAGAUAAACUCCCCAGGCUGAGGCACAGGAUUGAAAACUUCUUCCACAGGUUUGGUUCUCAUGCUAACCAAGGCCCUCUGCACCUGGGAGGAAUCUUCUGGUGGAAGGCCAUUUCAGAGGGUUUCCAGAGUGAGCAACUGGAAGAAGUGAAACAGCAAUCAGCCAAGGCCCUGGAUAUUUUCAUCAGGGGCAGCUACAGUGGCUUUGGUGUGAAUGUUGGUGCAGGUGGGAAGGUAUCCAACACUCAUUCAAAAGCAGACUGUCAGAGAAAAGCUUUCCAAAACCUCCAAACCAACAUCCACUUGGCAAUGUACCAGACAGGUGGCCCACCAGAAGCAGAUGGAUUUGUGCAAUGGAAGGCUGGUCUUGUGGCUAGUAAUCAAACGUGGUGUGUCAUUGACCGGGGACACAAGCUGGUGCCAAUUUGGGAGAUCAUCCUCUCUAAUCACAAAAGUGAUUUUAAUAAUGCUCUUCAGGUGGCUAAGUGCCUUAAAGACACCUAUGCUACUGUGACAAGCCUCAAUGCCCAGAUCCAAGAUGGGGAGGAAAUACUGUUUGCUAGGAAGGAGGCUAGAGAUUUCCUAGAGGGUUUGAAAUCUUGGGAAGUAUCAAAUCCUGAAGAAAAGCUUCAAAAGUUAAUAAACUUCAUGCAAAUGUUGAAUCGAAAAGUGAAAACUUAUGACAUAUGGAUUAACACAUGCCUCACAGAUGAGUAUCUGCAAAGCUUUAUAGUAAAUAUUGUCAACUCUUGCAAAAAAUCUUUCAUUUAUAAUACAAAUUUCAUUAAAUCUCAAUUACGCAGUCUUUUGGAUCCUCACAUCUACAAAGUGACAAACUUUCCCGAGGCUCACUCCAUCAUAAACUGGAUCUUCCAGUCAGAGAGAGAUCCUGAGCCAGAGCAAACUAAUAUAUCCCAAUUUUCUGAAUUAGUAAACAUAUUAAGAAAAACCUACAAUGAACUCUUGGACUUGAAGGUCAAUUCUAAGUCCCGAGACUCAAUAGAAGAGGCUCAAAGAAAGGCCAAUUACAAAAUCAGCUUGGCACUCAGUUCCUUCUUCAAUUACCUCCAAAAAGCAGGCCAGACAGACACAUGCCUCCUGCUACUUUCCAUUGCAGCUGGUGCAGGAUAUCAGGUGGCAAACAACACUUUUUGGGAUCUAGGGAGUGAUGAGCUAAACUUCCUACUGCAUGAAAUGCAGACUGCCCACAAUAAAUACCAGGAACUCAAAAAUAUUUCCAUCUACAGGGCUCAGGCAUUUCUGAUACUCACAGGUCUGACAGCAACAGUUGGAGUCACAGCUGUUUCUCCAGAAGACAAAACACAACGCAUGGAAUUAAUUAAACAACACAUGGGGCAAUCAUGGUCUAAAGAGGUGGCCCAUGUCCUCAGCAAACCUAGAACAAAUCAUGAUUGGGAUACUCUAGAGAAAGACCUGAGAUUGCUCAUUGAUGGGCAUUAUGAAGCCACUACGUCUUCUUUGCAAAUGGACAAAGUGUCAAAGCAAUUGGCAAAUCUCUUCCAUGGAAAUAAACAACCCCACAAAAGACAAGAAAAUGAAAAUAAAAAACAGGAGGUCAUACACAAUGGGCCCUUCCUAGACCUACUGAAACGCCUAGGCUUGGAACAUUACUACCCCAAGAGGAUGAGCAGAGCUAACUUCCAUCUGAUCUACCAGACUUCUGUGUACAACACCCAGCCACGUUCUGAACAGGAGCUUCCCUUUUAUUUCCUACAGAAGUUACUAGUGUUGGAUUAUGGCCUAAGACACGUAGUCUUCAAAGAUGAUAGAGACACAGAACACAGAGUGGACUCAAUAGCGUCCAAUCAGGAUAAUAAGGAUUUUGACCCAUAUGAAGACUUUGUUGAAGAUGGUCCUAGUUGCGCUAAACCAUCAUCAACGAAGCUGUCCUCACCAACCAAACCCCACAUUCACCCAAUGGAUAUUCAGAUGGCAAUUUUUCAUUGUGCAGAUGAUUUUGCCAGGCAGUAUAUUUUGGCCAAACUUGCCAUUUGUCAAUUUGCCCUCCCUCUUGUAGUGCCUAAUCCUUGCAAUUCUCAGAUUGAGUUCUCCCUCUGGUCUUUCAGGCAAAUCAGGAGAAGUUGGCAGCAAGGCAGGAAAUCACCAGGUGGGAAGAAUAAUAGUUACAAGAAUCAGCAGAUGUGCUGUGUCUCUACACCCAUUGUGUCCUUCAUCAGAGUUGGGGAUGGCCUCUCUGCUUCCAAAUCUCAGAUCAUGAACAGUCUUCUUGGUAAAAGUAAAAACAAUAUGUUUUUUCACCGCCACUGCAGAGGAAGCACAAAAGACUGUCUCUUGAUGGAAGGUGUGGUGGAAGUCAGCUGGUUUUGUCCUUGUGGUGAUGAUGGGGACAGAUUUGACAACUGUGUGACCUUCACCAAUCUACAUGGAGAUGUAAAGAAACAUAAGCGGCAGCUCACCUUCCUGCAGGAAAUCUCUUCUAUCAUUGUGGUCCUCAUGUCAGUUUCUGAUAACAACGAAGAAAACCGGAAAAUUGUUCGUGACAUAUCUCAGUCACCAAAACCUUUGAUCUUCUUGCUUGAUGACAAAGAAAAAGGUAUGGCCAAUCAUUCUGGUCAGAGAGUGAGAAUUGGCAUCAGGAAUAGAAAUGAGGCAGAAUUAACAGAGGAGAUCACAACUGCAAUCCGACAUUUGUUAGAGUCCUCUGACACUUCCCUCAGCCUGGAAGACUGUUCCCUGAUUGCUCGCCAGCAAGGAUUCCUUAUUGAUGAAGACCAGAGAGACUGCAAAGAAGCCAAAGAAAAGGCACAGACUCUAAUGGCCCUCUUGUCAGAAACAGAGUUAUCUCAUGUGAAGGAAAAAUUACUUCCCCUUCAGGGACAACUGUGGCACCUGUGGUGUAGCAAGGAUAAAGAACUCUACCAUCUGACUGAGAAAGGGAAUCGGAGCAUUGCACAACACAAGAGUGAUAUUGAGACAGAGAAACAAAUGAUACGGCAACAACAGUUGAUCAAAGCCUUCCCUCUCAAUGAUUUAAUGAGAUCUGUUCUUGAAAUUCUUCAAGGAAAUUCAGAAACCCACACGAAACUCUGCUUUUUGCAAUGGCUGAGUGUGUUUUUGGAUAUUCGGACUGCAGGACACUUAGAACAGUUACGUGAAAAGCAAAGAUCAUUGUGGCUACAAGUGCAAGCUAAGAAAAACACAUCAAAGAGCACUUCUGUGAAGGACCGACAAAAUAAGAUGGAGGCCAUCUCCUCAGAGAUUAAUAACUGUAGCCUUGGAGGUGAGCAGCUUCUCAGAGAAGUUGGCCAGAUCUAUGAAGCUCUGGAAGAAACAUCCUCCAAAAAAGAGGCUCUCUUUCUUUCCCUUCCUGAAAUUGCAGCAGAGCUGAUGAUAUCUGGUGUUCCCAUUGAGUUGAUGGACGGGGAUGCCUCAUAUGUUCCUGUAAAGUGGGUGUCAGCUGUUUUUGACAAGCUCACUGAGAAACUUGGAGACAAAAAGCUGUUUGUACUCUCUAUCCUGGGCCUGCAGAGUUCAGGCAAGUCCACUUUGCUGAAUACACUCUUUGGGCUACAGUUCAUGGUCAGUGCAGGCAGGUGUACCCGGGGGGCCUAUAUGCAGCUCCUGAAGGUGGAGGAGACAUUCACAGGAGAACUUGGCUUUGACUUUGUGCUGGUUGUGGAUACCGAAGGUCUCCGAGCUCCAGAACUCAGCAAUAAAUCCCAGAAUAGAGACAAUGAGUUGGCAACCUUUGUCAUUGGACUUGGGAACUUGACUCUCAUCAAUAUUUUUGGGGAGAAUCCAUCAGAGAUGCAGGAUAUCCUACAGAUAGUUGUCCAGGCCUUUCUGAGGAUGAAACAGGUGAAAAUCUCACCAAGUUGCAUCUUUGUCCAUCAGAAUGUGGGCGAAGUUACUGCUGAAGACCAAACAAUGGAAGGACGUAGGAGACUAGAGCAGAGACUAGAUGAAAUGGCAGCAACAGCAGCAGAACAAGAACAGUGCUCAGACAUCACCCGCUUCAGUGAUGUCAUUAAGUUUGAUGCCAACACUCAUGUCUACUACUUUGCUCAUCUCUGGGAUGGCAAUCCCCCCAUGGCCCCUCCCAAUCCUCGCUACAGCCUCAAUGUCCAGGAACUGAAAAGCAGAAUUCUUAGGAUUGCCAAACAGGAAUCCAAGAGAAGCAUCAUGAAGAUAUCAGAUGUAAAAUAUCGUGUUCAAGAUUUGUGGAAAGCUCUCGUGAAUGAGAACUUUAUUUUCAGUUUCAGGAACACCCGAGAGGUCAUGGCCAUGAGCAAACUGGAAACCAUGUACAACCAGUGGACCUGGGAACUGAGGAGUCAUGUACUGGAACUGCAGAACCAGCUGACCAACCAGAUUAAGAAUGGGAAAAUCCAGAGACUCAGCAUAAGCACAGUUGAGGCUCCAGUUACAGAAAAAUAUGAAACUGUCAAGCAAGAAUUUGAAAAAUUUUUAAAAGAAGAUAAAGAUAGUGAAAUACUGAUUCAAUGGAAAGCAAGUUUUGAGCAUAAACUCCUCUUGCUUAAAGACACACUUAUUUCAGAUAGCAGAAGAAAAGCUGAUGAACUUAUUAGUUUUAAAAAAAGUCAAGAACGGCUGGAUAAGAAAAAAACGGACUACGAAAAAGAAUUGCUGGAAAGGAGCAGGAAUCUUGCUUUAUCUAUAAAGGAUAAAGAAUUAAGUGAGGAAGAACUACGGGAAAAAUUUAAUCAACUUUGGACAAAAUGGGUCUGUGAUGUGUCCUCAAAUAUCCCUCAAGUUGAAGAGCCUAAAAUUGAGCUGGAUUCUGAACUCAUCCUUUGGGAGUAUUUCAAAAAUGAGAGAAACAUGGUGGAAACACUACAUGAAAAGUCUGUAGAGAGUUUUCAAAUAGAUUACACCACACAUGUUAAACUGAGUAUGAAAUAUCACAUUUUCACAAAGCAAUUAGAGGUCCGUGAUAAAGAAUCAAUUAGUGCUACCACUAAACACAUCGAUAGAAGAUUUGAAGAAACUAUAAAGCACAUUCGUUUGCAGCAGCGUGAUUAUAAUUCCAGUGAUUUCCACAAAAUCCUGAGAAUAGUAGAAGAAGAAGUGAACUCUGUAUCCACAGAAGAAAGAUAUUCAUUUACAAAGAAAUAUAAGAUUGACAUAUCUUCGCAUUUAUUUAAAAAGGCAACAAAAAGUUUUAAGGAAAUGCACAGGGCAUUCAGGAGAGCAAAUGACCCUGUUGACUAUUUGCAGUUUAAGAAAGAAGAUUUCUUUCUGAGUUUUAAAAUCUCCAGCCAAGGAGCAACUUCCAUCAAAACAUUUGUUGAUUUUCUGUGGAACAAGCUCUCUCCAGCUAUGUCCACCACUAUAAAAGAAAAAACAGUCCCUCAAAUUGCUGGGAAUAUGAGAAAUACUUGCCCUGAAUUCAAUGGAAACAGAGCUAACUUGGAGAAGCACAUUCUCAUCUCUCUGGCAGAAGAAGAGAACUUUGAAAAGUACUGGCAAUAUAUUCAUAAUCCAAAAGAAUUUUUCAGGAGUUAUAUUGAAACCCAAGUUAGAAAGUACUGUUUCGGAUCAGGAGCUGAAACAAUACAGGCUUUUUUAAAACUAAAUUUAGAUGACAUCAAGAAUACCCUGCUCUCUGCCAUUCAGGAAGCCACAGCAGAAGCUAAAGACAAAAGCAGCACUGCAUCUGAGUGGCUGGAUUUGUUCUGUGGUCACCUAGGGAGCAACCUCAUCUUUCCACGAAGUGACUUGGUAAGCAUUGAACACCAGGAAAUUAAAGACAUGGAGUUUCUCAAGGAAACUAUGAGUGCAGCUCUGGAUUCUGCAAUGAAGACAGUUGAACAGAAUUGCUUGAAUAAUCCUGGAGAAGAAAUGGUUCCUGAAAUUGAGAAAAUACUCUCUGAACACCUGUGUGGCUGCUGGAAACAGUGUCCCCGUUGUAGAGUCAUCUGCACAAACACAAUUCCUGAACAUGAAGGAGACCACAGCGUUCCCUUCCACCGUCCUCAGGCAGUCAGUGAAGGGAAAUGGCAUGAAACAGACCAAUUUGUUAUUGAUUGUUGUACUAGUUUGGUAGCAAGUGAUUGUGCAAUGGUUUUCGAUGAUGGCCGGGAAGUCCCGUACAAAAUCUAUCGAGAGGCAGGAGGGGAUUAUGCCACGUGGAGCAUCACUCCAGAUUCAUCCACCCAGCCAUACUGGAAGUGGUUUGUUUCUCACUUCAGAUCAAAUUUAGAAGAGAAAUAUGCGUUGAAAUUUGCAGGUAAAGGUCAGAUUCCUGAUGCCUGGGCCAGAAUCACAAAGCAGGAAGUGCUUGAUGACCUGAAAAAACAGUAGUACUAUUG